AUGACUGUUGAAAACCCAUUUGGCAUUGUGGAGCCAACGCCUAUGUUUCAGUCAAGUUAUGCGGAAAUAAAAGACUCUGGAGCAGCAGUGGAUGUCCUUCCCGCCAAUAUUCCAAAGGAAGCGACGGAUAUCGAUCAUGUCGACUCAAUGAUUGCCCAGCAAAUGUCAAGCAUGACAGUUCAAGACCGCGAACAAGCGUUUAUGGACGUCCACGGAGUCUCGCCAAUCAUUGAGGAGACUCCGGAACUCGUAUCGUCCAAGCUUGAGGAGAUGGAGAGUCAGAUUCAGAAGCAGCAUCGUCGAGAAGCGUAUGACAUGGCUGAAUCUAUGAAUCCAGAUUACGUUCGGGACCCAGAAUUCCGCCUGAUGUUUCUUCGUUCAGAUGUCUUUAAUGCCUAUAAUGCCGCCCUUCGGUUAAUCCGUCACUUUGAAGUAAAGCGAGACUUGUUUGGAGUUGAUAAACUUACUCAAGAGAUCACACAAGAUGAUUUAGACCAAGAGUCCAUGGAUUGCCUUUACAUGGGACAUUCUCAGCAGUUAACAACACCUGAUAGGAGUAACAGAAUCAUUAGUCUCUGGGUAUCAUCAGAGGAUCAUGAAAAAUACAGCGUAACUGCUUUGCUCCGCCGCCAGUUUUACCAGAAUAUGCACCUUUUACGUACAAACAAACACGCUCAAAAAGACGGUGUAGUCGCUUUCCUUUACCUGCUGGGCAGAGAUUCGGGAAAUCCGUUUCCAUACGACACUGGUUUGGAGCUUCCGAGAUUGGCUAAUGCUAUGCCUAUGCGUCUUGUAGCAUUUCAUAUGGCACAUGAUAACAAAUGGCUAGCACCAUUGAUUGCUUUCAUCAAAUAUUCUUUCAAUCUGAUCACCAGGAUCCGGAUUCGGACCCACUACGGUUCACACAAUGAAUGUAUGGCAAGCAUGCAGGGACAUGGUGUACCGCCUGAGAUAUUGCCUCUUGAAGAAGGGGGAAUCGUUACCAACAAGGAUUCCUAUAGAGAAUACCUUCGAGGGGUACGAAGACAGGAAAGGAUACAAUUUCCCCGGCGACAACAGAUUUACGUUCCCUGCAGCUACGAUGUACUUUUUGGAAAAGGAUCAUCUGUACAAACAUACGAAGGCAACAAGCGAAUGCGUCGAAUUGUGACGGAUAGACAAAAGGCAUAUGAAAAAGCCGAAAAGGGAAGGAAGGUCGAUGUGGCUCAAGAGGUUGUUGAUAUGGUACAUGAGUCGUCUGGUAUGUUCCUGAAGCAGGCAGACGACGGGGGAGAAUACUGGGUAGCAGUUGAUAAUGAGUCGGCUCGCAAGAAAGUGAGUGCUGCAUUUCGCACCUUACGGAUUCGGAGCAAGUGA